UUUUUUUGAAUAUUAUUUAAUUAUAGAAAUCAAUUAAGAAAGCUUUAUCUGAAUUUCGUCGAACUCAUUAUGAUUCAUGGCAUGAACAUCGUGAAAAAUUUACUGAAGAUCAACUUGUGAUAUUAGCUGAUGUAUUAAUAUCACCUAGUUAUUAUGCUUGA